CCUGAGGCCAUGGCCCCCCCUCCCUGCAGCCGCUGCCGCUCCCAGCCCUCGUCCCUGCUCCGCUCCCGCUCGCUCCUCCCGUUCUGCCGCCGCUGCUUCGUGGCCGCCUUUGAGGCCGAGACCCUUCGGGCCCUGCGGGACCCCCGGGGGACCCCCAGACCCGGCCAGGCCGUGGCCGUGGCGGCCUCGGGGGGCAAAGAUUCCACGGUGCUGGCCCACAUUUUGUGUAAAUUGACCAAAACCAUCAAUUUGGGGCUGAGAUUGGCGCUGCUCUCCAUCGACGAGGGCAUCGACGGCUACCGGGAACCCUCCCUGGGGGCCGUCAGGGGUUUUGGGACCACCCUGGGGCUGCCCCUGCUGCUCCUGGGCCACCAAAACCUCUUCGGGGUCACCGUGGACGAGGCUGGAACUGCCCUGGGGGCGGCGCGGAGCCGCUGCACCUUCUGCGGGGUGCUCAGGAGGAGGGCACUGGAGGUGGCGGCCAGGGAGAUGGGAGCAGACUGGAUAGCCACUGGGCACAACCUGGACGACGUGGCCGAGACCGUUCUGAUGAAUUUCCUGCGCGGGGACGUCGCCCGCCUGCGCCGCGCGGCUACUGGGGACACCAGUGACACCAGUAACACCAGUGAGGCUACUGGGGACACCAGUGAGACCAGUAACACCAGUGAGGCCACCAGUAACACCAGUGAGACCAGUGAGACCAGUGAGACCAACAGGGACGUCGCCCGCCUGCGCCGCGCGGCGCAUGAGGCCACCAGUGACACCAGUAACACCAGUGACACCAGUAACACCAGUGAGGCCAACAGGGACACCAGUGAGACCAGUGGGGCCACUGGGGACACCACCGGGGACACCAGUAACACCAGUGAGACCAGUGAGGCCACCAACAGGGACACCAAUAGGGACAAUGGGGACACCACUGGGGACAUCGCCCGCCUGCGCUGCGCGGUGCACAAGGCCACCAGUGACACCAGUCAGACCAAUCAGACCAGCGAGACCACCAACAGGGACACCAGUGAGACCAGUGAGGCCACUGGGGACACCAGUAACACCAGUGAGACCAGUGAGGCCACUGGGGACACCAGUGGGGCCGCUGGAGCCACCAGGAAGGUUCCUCCACUCUUGUCAACCGUUGAGGACCCAACUGGAGUCUCCGGCAACUCAACGGGACCCGACGGAAACUCAACGGAAUUGAACCCAAAUCCAACGGAAUUCAACCCAAAUCUGAUGGAAUUGAACCCAAACCCAACGGAAUUGAACCCAAAUCCAACGGAAUUCAACCCAAACCCAACGGAAUUGAACCCAAACCUGAUGGAAUUGAACCCAAACCCAACAGGAUUCAACCAAAACCCAACAGGACCCAACGAAAACUCGUCAGGAAUCACCAAAAACUCAACAGAACUCAACAAGAACCCAACAGGACCUGACAGAAACUCAACAGAACUCAUCCAGAACCCACCAGAACUCAUCCAGAACCCAUCAGAACUCAUCCAGAACCCACCAGAACUCAACAAGAACCCAUCAGAAUUCAACUCCAACCCAACCCAACCUGCCAAAAACCCAAUGAAACCCCCCGAGAACCCAACGAGCUCCUUCAAGAACCAAAUGAAACCCAACAACGACCCAACCAAACCCUUUGAGAACCCAACAGAACCCAUCAAGAACUCAACAGAACCCAACAACGACCCAACCAAACCCUUCAAGAACCCAACGGAACCUGCCAAGAACCCAACCAAACCCAACAACGACCCAGCCAAACCCUUCAAGAUCCCAACGAGCUCUCUCAAGAUCCCAACCAAACCCCUUGAGAACCCAACGAGCUCCUUCAAGAACCCAAUGAGCUCCCCCAAGACCCCAACCAAACCCUUCAAGAUCCCAACCAAACCCCCCAAGAUCCCAACCAAACCCCCCAAAAACCCAACGAGCUCCCUCAAGAACCCAACGAGCUCUUUCAAGAUCCCAACCAAACCCCCCAAGACCCCAACCCGUCCCCCCAAGACCCCUCCCCAGGCUCCCCCCCUGCCGUGGGCGGGCCGUCUGAAGCCCCUCCGGCACGCGGCGCAGCGGGAGGUGGUGCUGUACGCGCGCUUCCUGGGCCUGGCCUACGCCAGCGCCGAGUGCCGGCACGCCCCGCUCGCCUUCCGCGCCCACGCCCGGGGGCUGCUCAAGGAGCUGGAGGCCGCCCGGCCCGCGGCCGUGCCCGCCCUGGCGCACUCGGGGCGCCGCCUGGCACUGGGGGGGGGGUCAGGGGGCAAGGGGAGCCCCCCCAGGGCGUGCGGGCGCUGCGGGGCCGUGGCCAGCGCGGAGCUCUGCUUGGUGUGCGCGAUGCUGGGCGGGCUGCGCAGGGGCAGGGCCCAGG